AUGGAUGAUGGUUCUUUCUCUGAGCUUCUUUGUCAAGAAAGUGAAACUUUUCUGAAUGAAGAAUUAGUACAAAGCAGCUUUUAUAACUUAAAGGAUUACAGUGUCUUAGAUGAUCAGUAUAUGAAAGUGUUGGGUGAUAAAGAGAUGAGCUUUGGGUACAAAAAAGAUAAAUCUUUGGUGCAUAAUGAAGAAAUUAGAUGUGCCAGAUUGGAAGCUGUUGAAUGGAUUCUUAAAACUAGAGCAGUGUUUGGCUUUCACUUCCAAACAGCUUGUUUAUCAGUUACAUACUUCGAUCGAUUCCUUUCCAAACUCUUCAUUGAUGGUGAAAAAUCAUGGGCAAUCAAGUUAUUAUCAGUAGCAUGCCUUUCUCUGGCUGCUAAGAUGGAGGAGAUAAAGGUUCCAGCACUAUCAGAGUUUCAAUUGGAAGAAUACAAUUUCGAGAGCAGAGUGAUUCUGAAAAUGGAGCUUUUGGUAUUGACAACACUGGAUUGGAGAAUGGGAUCAAUCACCCCCUUUACUUUUCUUCAUUACUUCAUCACGAAAUUGUGCAAGGAUCCACCAAAUGAUGUCAUAUCCAGGACUGCGACACUAAUAUUUGCUAUAAUGAGAGAAAUCAAUUUAAUGGAUUAUCGACCGUCUACUAUAGCCGCAGCUGCCACCUUGGUGGCAUUGGAUCAAAGACUCACAAGAAAAGCAUUGGAGUGGAAGAUUAAUUCCAUAUCAUAUUGUGGAUUUCUUGAAAUUGAAGAUGUGUUGGCGUGCUACAGUACAAUGCAGAAAUUGGAGAUGCAAAAUUCUGUAAAGUCGCCGGAUCUAUCGCCAAACCCUUUGAGCAUAACCACUGGUUUAGAUAGUUCCUCAGUUUCUUCGGCUGUUCGCACUAAGAGGAAAAGGUUUGCUUUCGAUGAUAGUGAUCAAAGUUGUGAUAUACCAAAUGAGAAGCGAUUCUGCUAGAGACAAUGGAUUUUGGGCGUUAAAUCAAAUGGCUCCUUAAUGAUAAUUAAAUGAGUGUUUUCAAUUAUUACUACAUGGACUUUGUUUUACUGUUCGAGUGUUAGUCUUUACAAGGAACAACCAGAGAAAGAAGAAAGAGAGAUUACAGAGAAAAUAAAAGCAAGUCUACAUAUAAUAUAAAAGCUUCUGGUUAUUACACCAAUUUUACAAGGUAAAAAAGACGCCAGAAGAAAGGUCUUCAAUGGCUACUGGUAAAGCAAUCAGUUCUUGGUUACUUAUUGUUCAAUUUAUUAUAUAUAUAUUUUUUCUUUUUUCUCCUUGUUUUUUCAUUCUUUGUAUUUAAUUGUCUUCCCUUUCUUGGUUUCUUUAUUUAUGGGUUUAAGAUGUCUCUUAGAAUCCUACAUUUUGAUUGGAUGCUUGGGAUGCUUUCUUGUGUCUUUGAAAGGCUGGUAACAAAGAACGUUGAGUAAGUGGGGAAAGAAAGAACUCUGUUUGUGUGAUUUGAUGCAUCUGUGUUGCAUGUUGGCCAUCAGAAAAGUAUUAUAA